AUGGAUUAUAAAUUCGAUAAAAAUAACUACGAGCUGCUCCAUAAAAUUGCCGAAUCUGAUAUUUCUACUGUAUGGGUUGCUAGAAAUAUCUUGAACAAUAGAUUGGUUUGCGCAAAAUUAAUCGAUAUGGAUUCAUUUCCUGUCGAUUUAGAGGAACUACGUGCGCGUGUUGCAUUUUGGGCAACAUCAGAUAACGAAAAUCAAAUCCAAUACUAUGGUUCUUUCUUAUCUGGGUCAACUCUAUGGUUCCUUUACGAAUAUAUGGAAGGUGGCUCAUUGCACGACAUUCUCAAGUUCGCAUACAUGAAUGGAUUUCAAGAUGAAGUUUUAAUUGCUUCAAUUGCAGAACAAAUUUUGCAAUUUUUGCAAUACUGGCAUGAAAAGCAUCAAAUACAUCGCGAUCUCAGACCAGAGACUAUACUUGUGUCUAAUGAUGGCCACGUUAAAGUCGGAGCUAUCGGAUCGACAACAAGUUUGAUUAUGAGAGGUCAUCGUGCAAAGGCUCGUUAUUCUAACACUUAUAACGGACCUGCAGCAUAUGCUCCUCCAGAAGUAUCUCUCCAUAACGGCUAUACUGAAAAAGCUGACAUUUGGAGUUUCGGAAUUACUAUUUACGAAUUAGCUACAGGACAUCAUCCAUAUUGUGGCACAGAUGAGAUGAAUGUUACAAAGGAAAUUCUUUCCAAGACUCCAGAAACGUCUUUCCUCAAAAGCGACCAAAAUCCAACUUAUUCAUCUAAAUUCAUCGAUUUUCUCAAGCAAUGCCUCAACACCGACCAGAAGAAGAGAUUGUCUGCAAAGGAUCUCCUCAAAUCUUCCUUCAUUAAAGAGUCAAAAGGCGCAAAAUACGUAUCAUCAGUUUUGAUGAGCAAUAUGCCUCCUCUCUACAAGCGUUAUCAAGUAUCUCAUCCCCACAUCAAAGAACAAACCUCAGAAACCCCAGAAUGGUCACAAAUCGCUGCUACAUUCAUACAUUGUGACAAAACUAACAAAAACGAUGCUUCUCGUCCUGACAAAACAGUUUCCCCAUCAAAAUCAGAGGAUGCCAAUGAAUCAGCGGAAGAUCCAGCUAAUACAGUCCACAAAGGAAGAUUUAUUGUCACAUAUUCCAAGAAAGCUGUCAAAAAGAGGGCAUUGAAGCACAGAUCUCAAUCUUCCAACAAUCUUGAUGACAUGAGCGAGCAAUCAGCAUCAAGUCAGACUACAAAUGACAAUUUUUCAGCUUAUGAGAAGAAAAUUGACGAUUUGCAUACAAGAGUUGACAAUAUUGAAGAGUCAUUCACAAACCUUGCACAGCAGUUUGCUGAUGCUCAAAGACAAGUCGAUGAAAUCAAAGCAAAAAGAAUGAACACUCAUUAA